AGUUGCCAUACUGGUGUUGAUCUUGAGAGGAACAAGUGGAGCGUUUGUUCAAUGGGCGUUAGGACGCAGUUCUCCUCCCUAUAUUAAUUAACGACGACGACGCUUGGUUGUUUAACCUUUAGAUUUUCACGGGACUUUUAUAAAGUCAGUCUCAUUUUUGUCUGCGAUUUUCAAAGAUGUCCAUGGUGGCGUUCCUUCUCCUCGUCGGCUGUGUUGGAGUUGUCAAUGGACAAACCAGUACCUACUACUUCGGAGAAGAUAACACUGACUGUGUGAACAGCGCCGGGCAGCUGGUGGUCAUGCCGGACACGGGGUGCAGGCAGUUUCUUAUUUGUGAUUUCAACGGUCUGGCCUACGGCCCCCAGGACUGCGCCCAGGGCACGCUCUUUGACCAGGAGAAACAAUACUGUGAACACGUGGCCUUGACCAACUGCCUACAGUCCAGGGAUCUCCUACGCGGAGUAUGUGCGACCGCGGCUGUGUUCCGCAACUGCGAGAGGUAUACACAGUGUGUGCAAGGCGUACAGCUGGAGCGAGACUGUGGCAACCUUACCGUCUACUCCAACACCCUCAAUGUCUGCGUCCACCCCGACGACCUCAACCAGGACGAGAAGGCCGACUGUGGACUGUGAAUCACACCCGAUAGACUGAUGCUGCUUGACACACGACAAUCAAGAGAUGUCACCACUAUGACAACAACCAAUAUCCACCAUGUGUAUCAGAACAACACUGAUUAUUGAAAUACCGAAAUAACAAACUGUAUUUUUUUAUUAAUAAAUAUGUUUUUAUUUCA